UUAAAAAAGCUAACAUAGCUUUUACACUUUUCAAAGAUUCCGAGCCAACGCUCCAAAAAUCAAUUUCGUCUUCAGAGCUCUGUCAUGCUUCUCAUUCAUCCUCCAAAUCGGCCAUGAAAGUCAUGAAGAAGCUCAAGUUCUGGUCGAGAAAGAAGAGAAAGAAGAAGCACUCUUACGAUUAUGAUCAACACCAACCUUAUUAUUGUCAGCCUUUCACUCCCUCAACUUGUCCCCAUUAUCACCAAUACUAUUGCUCCUGCACCUCCUCUACUCCUCAGCCCUCCGCUCCUCCGCUGCCGCCGUGGCUCGAAUCCGACGAGACUGAGUGUUAUGAGUGUUAUGACUACGUUCCGAGCCAAACCCAGUUGGAAUAUUCGGAAGAAGAUGUGGAGGAAACGAGUCCCAUCUGUCCAGAAUUGAAGAAUAGUGAGAGCUCUGAAUCUUAUCAGCAAUAUUUGGCUCCGAAUCCGGCGUAUGGAUUGCCAGUUACGGCGGAAAGUGGAAGAAGAGAGAGACGUUCUGGGUUCUUUGGAUGCGCUGCUGGGUUUGGUUUCGAUUUGUUUCGCUGCUUUUUUCCAUGCUUUCACAUUUGAGAAGUCAGCCAUGAAAAAGUUUGAAUGUCUUUCAUAUAUAUUAUAGAAGUAUUUUGAUUUUUUUUCUUUUGAGUUUGAUUAAGAAGUAAUAUAAAAAGCUGUA